AAUCUUGAUAAGAAACUGGCUUAUUAUACCUUUAACAAAUUUUAAAGGUAUCACGCAAACUGGAUAUGUAUUUCGUAAAAGGUGUUUAUAAUCGUCACAACAUAGUAAAAUAGCUAAUAAUAUUAAUAUAAAUAAUUUUCGAUGGUUAUAAAUGUUUACCCAUUAGUCUUGAUCAUGGUCACGUUAUAAGGCCAUUACUAGGUGGGAUACAGUGGGAUACGAUACGAACUAGGUAUAAUAUCUCAAUUAGAACAAUGUCUGACCCUCGCAUAAGAAUUCUAAAAAUUAAAACUGGAGUAGUGAAACGUCUCGCGAAAGAAAAAGUCACGUAUGAGAAAGAAGCAUCACAGCAACGUGAAAGGAUACAAAAAUUGAAGGAUCAGGACAAGGAUGGUUAUGACAUAAAGAAGCAAGAAGAAGUACUUCAAGAAUCCCUCAUGAUGGUGCCAGAUUGUCAACGACGUCUUGUCAAAGCAUUUGAAGAAUUGAAGAACAUAUUAGAAACAGAGCAAGAUUUAAAAGAAGUUGAAGAUUACAUAGAAGCAGAGAAAGUAUUACAAGAAGCAGAAGCUCAACUUCCUAAACCUGGAGAAAUUAUGGAGAUGUGUUAG